GCAGCUGCCAGGGCUCAGGUGUCGAGCACUGUGUAUACGAACGAUACAUCGGAAGAUAACAUUUACAUAGAACGUUCGCACGUGGGUAAACUUGCCCCCAAGGAGGACAUUGACUCGAUCACCUUUUCUAUGGUGAAGGGUUACUACAUCGCCAUGAGUGACACCAGCGAGUGGAACGACGAUUCCGAUGGCGUUCUGUGCCUUAUGAAGACCAAGGACUGGAGCUGGAGCAUGGUCUCCAACGUCCUCCAGCGUCCGGAGGAGGAAGCGAAGGAACGCUUCCAGUACCUAACCUCCCUCGCCCAGGAGGACGGAGGUAUUCCGACCGACACCUUGGGGGAGCUCUAUUUCCUCAAGAUGCGCCGCUACCCGGCGCUUCUUGAGGAAAUCGCGGCCAAGGCCGAUGAAUUCGAGAAGGCCAAGGCGAAGCUGGACGAACGCUACGCCACCGGCGGCCGCAGCCGCGCAGACAUCCUGGCCAAGGGCAGCCGCGGCCAGAAGAGCUGGCUUGCUCGCUUGUCUCCCAACGGCGACCCUGCCGAGGGUCUGGAUUCGUACCUCGACAGUCUCUCAAGCGCUCGCAAGUCUCCCAGCCCACUCCGCGCUCCGUCCCCGGACUCGAUCGAGCGCGCCAAGAUGAUCCUCCGCCAGCACAAGAAGAAGACAUCCUGGCUCACGAAGCACCCGAAGAGCGCUCUGAUCGCCAGUUACUUCCGCGAGCAUCCGGAGCUCAAGAAGCUUAACGCGGAUCAAUUCUUCGAUGAGUGGGACUGCAAGGCUCUCGCAACCCUCGAGGCGCGCCAGCGGGGAAAUAAGUGGCUUCACCUCGCCGCUGACUUCGCCAAUGCUACUGGCCGCGCCGUCGACCCCGAGGUGCUCAAGGCUAAGCUCGACAAGGCGCCUAUCAUGGACAAGGAGGAGUCUGCUUCGUUCUACGGCUUCGAGCAGUCUGAUGAUGAGGAUGAAGAGGCGACAGAGGAUGGAGGAUCUGAUUAAAGGCACCAUCGUGUCACAGAUUUCGCAUUUCCUUAUUUCCUUGCGUCUUUUUUCCUAUUCUCUUUCGCACUACGGUUAUGGAAAACGAUACCCCGGGAAAUGGCAUGGGCAUGGCACGGGCAUAGACGGAUGAUGGCCGGAUCUCCUUUCGUCUCUUUUAUCGCAAUGGAGUUCGAUAGAUCGACUUAGAAUGAUACAGGUACACGGUCAGGGAUGGAAUACGGCAGAUUUCCUUUCGUUUUUGUUUUUCCUUCUUCUUCGCCUUUGCGUCUCCCCUCCGGGUGAACAGGCACUCGUCACUUGGGUCGGGUCUGGUUCGAGGUGGUUGACCAUUUCAGAAGUAACCUAUUUUGCUUUAAUAGAUAGGUACUCUUGACCGCAUGAUUGGCAAGAGCAAAAAUGAAAUCACGG